GGCUUUAACUACCAUCUGUAAAAUCCCGUACGUCCCUUUAUAUGGCAAAGCAAAAUAUUAUACUUUACGUCGUAGGAAGAUAUUGGAAUUUGGAACAUUACAACCACAAAUAAAAUCCCCCAAAACAAAAUUACAUUACCAUAUUCUACACACCUAUCUCGAUCACAUCCCCUCACUAUCACCAGGUAGCGUAGCCAUGCCCAAUCCACACUCAUCGUCCGCUACUAAAACAAAAGGCCAUCCUACCAAGAAGAACGUGCACGUGACGGCACUGGACAGUGUGGUGGAUGUGAACUCACUGUUCACCAUUGCCAUGUUUUUGGGGCUGGAUUAUGAUCUGGUCUCGCCGGAGGAGUUGCAGAGCCUUAACGUCCGGGAGGAGUGCCAGCCGGGAGCCAACACCGCCAAGAUGCUCGUCGUCUUCGAGAUCAUCUCCUUCAGCUUCUACCUCUUAUCCUCCCUCGUCGCCCUCUCGACCAAGCUGUCGCUGGAUCUCCAGGCCGCCGGAGAGGAUGAUGGCUCCCCGGAGUCGUCGUUUUGGUUGACGACGGGAGUCCUCUUCUCGGCGAUGUCGUCGAUGGUGGGGUGCUUGUUCUUGCUGGUGUCUGUGGUGUAUGUGGUCGAGUUGAGGCUGGGAGUGCUUUCUUGCAUGGCUGCGUCCACCCUUGUGAGUGUUGCGUUCUUGAUCCCGUUGUCGUUGACCGGAAUAAUCAUCUACGUUUUUGUGUCCAUCACCGUAUAUGUUAGCCGUGCUAGUGGCCCCGAUGCCGCCGCCGCUGCCGGCGGCCAACAGGAAGCCUAGAAUUCAAAAACUGGAAAGGCGAGCGGCUCAGCCCAACUAUUUUAUGUAUUUUCCUCCUGCCGUAGGUAUAUGGGUGUAUAAAUCUGGCGUUGACAUCAAUAAAAUAAAAUUUGAAUUUGAAAAAA